AUGGGUUUCUCUACACUAGCCCUGCUGGCUUGUCUGACAGCUGCUGAAGCGGUAGCAGUACCAAAAGGCAACCUACCGACGAUAUUUGGGUCAAAUAAUACUAUCACUCUCAAAUGCACCACUUCGACUCCGGACGUAGUAGUCCUUGACUAUGGGGCUAAUGUCGAGGGCCGUCCCACUUUCGAAGUCCUUUCAGCUACUGGCGACACGUCGGGUCUGGAUAUCACGUAUAGCGAGACUAAAUCGGUACUGGACAGUUUCUACACGAGCGAUGGCCCCCUCGCUUUGGCUGCAGCUAUGGACAACUACAGAGUCAAUCAAUAUAAUGUCACUGGGCCCAUGCUACAUACCAAUCGACUUCUUCAGGGAGGCUUCAGAUACCAGAAACUCAACCUCUCGACAACAGGCGAACUGGUACUGAGGAACGUCGGUGUGAAGCCCACAAUCCCGACCACAUCCCUUGAUCAACUGCCGGGAUAUUUCGAGACCUCGGACGAGCACCUCAAUCAAAUUUGGAAGGUCGGAGCGCGAACUGUUCAACUAAACGACAUCCCCGCAAACUCCAUUCCUGCGUUCUGGCAGGUUUCCUCCGAGGGUGCUUUGGUUGAGAGCCAAGCCCCUCAAGUGCUGUCAGGCAGCGUCGCUGCUAUGUUGAUGAGUUAUCAACUUGCAUUCGAAGUUAAGCCCCUUUUCAAAGGACUAGGAUUCUCUGUGCUUGCUGAUACUCUCAACUCUGGAAUCUACAUCUUUUGCAAUAUAGCAAAUAAAUCGAUCUCGGCACACCUCGGUUCCACCGAGGAUUCUCCUCCACUUGCAUUCGCAACGUUGCCGGCAAAUAUAACUCUCGGUUCCUGGUACAAAGUCGAGGCCACUGUGGAUGUUACCAACAUCGCCGUAUCUUUCAACAAGUUUCCAGUUCUUCAAUUUUCGCAAACCUCUGCCUUCGUCGGAUCCUUCGGGUUAGGCGCGUCAUUCGGCCACUCUGCCAUUUUCCGAAACUUGUCUGCUACGACCCCGACAGGUCAGAUAAUCUAUUCAGCGUCUUUGACGGAUGAGACUUUCUUACCAGACUUCCUGAUGGGGACAAAUCCCCAGGAUACGACGGUGGACGGCUCGAAGCGUGAUCGCAUUGCGUAUGCAGGCGAUCUGGAUAUUGCCCUGGUAUCCUCGCUGUCGAGUACCUAUGGCAUCAGCUACAUUAAAGGCACGCUCGAUCUUAUCGGAUCCUACCAAUUGACCCCAGGAUUCUUUGCACCCACGGCAAAGAUCCAACAAGAACCGCUUUCCACUCCUAUUGAUGCCAACAUUACUGGGUUGAUUGGCUACUCUUUUAACCUCCUCACCGCAGCUGCAAAUUUCUACAUGCGCACUGGCGAUGUUAGUAUACCAAAAGAGUGGGCACCAAGAGCUGUGCGCAUGCUGGACUGGGCACACUCUCAAGUUCUGCUUGAAACGGGGUUAUUGAACAUCACCAACCCUAUCUUUGGCGGCGACUGGAAUUAUUACGAUCCGACACAAGCAGGUGUUGUCACCAAAUUCAAUAUGGUCUAUGCAUACGCACUCCAGGAAUGCACUCGGCUUCUUGCGGACGGCGGCGUCGACAUCGCGCCAUACGUUUCUCGUCUUAAUGCGCUGCGAACCGCGAUCGACCAGAACCUUUGGUCGAAUCAACUCAACGCAUACUACCUUUCACAGUCAAUCGAGAAUGGCUUCGGACAGGACUCGAAUGCUCUGGCCAUUCUCGCUGGUGUGACCAAAUUCAACCACACUUCAUCCCGCGUUCUGAGUACCCUAAAGCAGCUUUCCACACCAAAAGGUCCUCUUGCUUUCUCAAACGAAACGAUCGGAGCUGGGUUCGCGAAGUUCAUCAGUCCCUAUGCAAGCGCCUAUCACCUUCGUGCCGCACUUGAGGUCAACGACGGCGAGACGGCCAUGGAUCUGUUGAAAAGCCUAUGGUGGCCAAUGGCCGACCCUAAGGGAGCUAAUUAUACUGGAUGCUUCUGGGAGACCUUGGACGCAACCGGUGCGCCUGCGCUUGGGCGGAUCACUAGCCUCUGCCACGGUUGGGCUGCAGGUCCCACAGGGGAGCUCAGCGAUCAUGUCUUGGGAGUGAAGCCCGUAGCUCCAGGGUACACUGAAUGGCGAGUCGCUCCAGUGACGCUUGACCUGAAGUGGGCUAGCGGCAGGGUUCCCGUGCCAGGAGGUGAGAUCUUCGUCGCUUGGAAUGCUACAAGAUGCGUCAUAACCAGGCUAGAAGUGACGAGCCCCAACUCCACCACCGGCACGGUCGUUCUACCUUCAUCACAGCAAGAUGGAUAUAAUGGAGGUACUUUCAAGGUGAACGGCGAGGUCGUGGCCGGGAAUGGGACCUUCCGAAUUACAGGGGGGAAGUCUUUCGUCCUUACGUACAAUGCCUGA